AAGAUGUGUUUCUUUGAUUUGGGCUUGAGGUCCUACUCACAUAAAUGUCACUCUUAAUUAUUAUGCAUAUAGUAUCUCUAUAAUUCACAUCCUUUUUUAGUUUGGAUCAUGUUCUAAGAUCCUACCAUAAAAUCAGGACUAUAUAAGUGAUCAUCCUUUCCAUUCUUUCUCAUCCACCCAAGUCCUAAUUGUGAUAAAAGAAAAAUGAAAGCAUUUUCUUCAAAGUCCCUUCUCAUAAUUUUUGCAUUUAGUUUCAUCACGCACUCUAUACAAGCAAGAGAAACCAACAGCUUAUUCAUUAGAAAUUCUUGCAGUUGCACAACUUAUCCAACACUAUGCUAUGCAUCCCUCGUGAAGCAUGCCGAUUUCAUUCAAACAAAUCGCGUACUUUUAACGGACACGGCCCUAAACGUGACUCUUGCAUCCGCGAAAUCAACCUCAGCUUUUAUGUCAACGCUCUCUAGAAGCCGGGGUUUGAAGCCAAGAGAGGCUGCAGCUAUGAAGGAUUGCGUCGAAGUGUUGAGUGACUCUCUUGACGAACUCCGAAGGUGUAUAGGUGAGAUGAGUCAUCUUAGGACUUCAAAUUUUGAGGUAACAAUGAGUGAUGUACAAACUUGGGUUAGUGCUGCUUUGACUGAUGAGAGCACUUGUACCGACGGAUUUCAAGAGAUUAAUGCAAAGGACAAUAUUCAGAGAAUAGUGAGAGGGAAAAUUGUUCAAGUAGCUCAAUUGACUAGCAAUGCUUUGGCUUUGAUAAACAAUCUUGCCACUUCACAUGCUUAAUUUCGUAACUUCAAAAUUGUAGCACUAUUAAUGUCAUUGAUGUUGCUGGCUCAAGUUAUGUGGUAUCAAGUUGGUGUACUUCAACUUAAGUGUGUGAAAAAUAGUAAAUAUGUCGCUAUUAGUUGUUGAGAUUGAAGUUGUGUAAUUAGGUGUUAAAGAUUAUAAUGGUUAUUGCUUCACGUAAGAUUGAGCUUAAUCAAUUCAAUGUUAUAAAACCAAUUUGUAAGCUGGACUACAAUAUCGUGUAAGUAUAAAGUGCACAAUUUAAGAGGAGGGGUGAUUUAGAUUUUAA